AUGGUAUCCGUCACCAAGGCCGUUACCGCCGCUCUGGCCCUAGCCUCCCCCAGCAUCGCUGGGUCCUUUACCUACUUCUACCCUGGCCUCGGCGCCUGUGGCGGGCACAACGGCAACAACGACUACAUCGUCGCCGUCAGCGCCAAAAUCUUUGAUAGCCAGCGCCCCUGCAAUAGGCGCAUUCGUGCCUGGUACAAAGGCCGCUCUGUCGACGUCAAGGUCGUUGACCGCUGCGCCGGCUGCGCCGAAAAUGACCUCGACUUUUCUCCCGCGGCUUUCAAGGCCCUCGUCGGUGACCUCGGUCCCGGCCGCGUCUGGGGUAAUUGGAACUGGAUCUAA